AUGAAGUCCUUGGCAAAAGAAUGGGUUGAAUGUUGCCCUGUAUGCCAAGCCAAUCAACGCGCCCAUGCCCCUGUGAUCUCCCUGAAACCUUUGGAAGUCCCACCAUACCCUUUUCACACCAUUUCCUACAAUUUUAUCACAGGAUUUCCAAAAUCCCAGGGUCACAAUGCUAUUUUGGUGGUUAUUGACUUGUUCUCAAAAUUUGGCCAUUUCAUCCCCACUUCCAAAAGAGUCACUGCAAAGGGUCUUGCAGACUUAUUUGUAACCCACAUUUGGAAGCUUCAUGGAUUACCUAUAAAAACCGUCUCAGAUAGAGGGACCACAUUCACUGGGAAAUUAUUAAGGGCACUGUACCAACGCCUUGGGAUCAAACCAUCAUUCUCUUUGUCCUACCACCCCAAAUCUGAUGGACAGACAGAAAGGGUUAACCAGUUUAUCAAAUUCUACCUAUGUUCUUACAUUGCAGCAGAUCACUCAGACUGGGCCAAAUGGCUACCACUAGUAGAAUACGCCAACAAUAAUGCCAAGCACGCAGCAACCAGAAAAACACCCUUUGAACUAGUUUAUGGACAAAAUCCAGUCAUGAACCCAUCAAAUGUCCCAGCCAAUGUACCAGAAGCAGACACAGUAGCGGACACACUGGCACAAGAAUGGAAGGAAGCCAAAGCAGCCCUUAGGAUGAGCAAGGAGAGAAUGACAAGAGACAAAGGAACAACCCCAGAGUUUUCUAUUGGCAAAAAAGUCUGGCUAGAUGGAAAGAACAUAGAACUAAGGACCAGUUCAAACAAGCUAGACCCCAAACGCCUGGGACCUUUUGAAGUCACAGAAAAAGUUUCCAGCCACGCCUACCACCUGAAACUCCCAGGAACUCUGAAAAUCCAUGACGUUUUCUAUGUGGGGUUAUUGUCCAAGUCCCACAAAUCCCCAAGUCAACCCUUCCCAGAAAGACCUCCUCCUGAAACAAUAGAAGGAGAAGAAGAAUACAAAGUGGAACAAAUCAUUGACUCCAAGAGACAACAGGGAAAAUGGUUUUACUUGAUAAAAUGGAAAGGCUAUGGACCUGGAGAUAACUCCUGGGAACCAGAAGAACUACUUGAACACAGCCAGGACAAAAUCAAGUGCUUUAACCAAGCAAAACUGAAAAAGGCUUGUGAUGCUGCCAAGAGCCUUUAA